CUUUAAAUGUGUAUUUUUAAUGAUAUUCAUUAUUACUACGCAGCAAUGCUUAUGAAGAUGAUAACCCGAGGGAUACCAACAAGUUACGGAUAUUUGAAGUUCAGAAAUUAGUGGAGUCAGUAGCCCAAGAACUUAUAAAUUUAUUUUCAUCAACCACUGAUCAUAACACUUCAACAUUAUAUAGUUACAAAUUAGGAAAAUUCUACAUAGAAGGAGCUAAAAAGCAACAGAAGCUUGCUAGGUGCACAAGUACAGCAUGCUUGUUUCGAAACAAAGAAAACAUCUUAAAAAAUGACUAUAAUCGGAAAACGAAAAGGAGAAUUUCGAAUUUAAGAACGCAUCGUAAUAAUCAAGGUCGUUCCUUUCAAAUUAAUACUUUUAAACGAAAACGAUCAGCUAGAGAGACAUCUUAUCGAAUUUCCAAUGCCCCGAAAAAGUCUCACCCAGUUAAACUUAAAAAUUCGAAACAAUUUUUCAAGCGAUGCUUAGUAGAAGCUGCGACUCAAACGAAUUCUUGGAGAGGAGUUUCGAACGAAUUUGAAAAAGAAACUGACGAUGAAUCGUUCGAACUUGAAGAUAGCAGCACCUUAGAUUCAGACAUAUACUGUAAGAGCGACACAUUGAAUGAUGCGAGCAUGAUAACUGAAGAAAUAGCCUCGGAAUUCGUUGUUGCUACACCAAGGCAUACAAGUAGAAGAUCUUCCAGAAAGCCCAGUGCUUCAAAAUCACCUGAUAUUGGACAUCGCGUUGUGCAAUUCCUGAAUAAAAAAGCUAAAGAAGCGCCAGAAAAUAAACAGCCAAUCCCCGCGAAGCAAGUAUCCGUUAGCAUCUCGAAAUCGAAAUCACAUAAAAUGAGCGAAGAGAAGUCAAAGAAUAUUGCCACAGUUUCAAAUAGUGCACAUCAAAAUUCUAACUCAAAAUCAAACGUAGGUGCAAGUCCAACCGCAACUAAAUUAUCACCUGUGAAUGCAAGAAAUGUGUUGAGUGCAAAAAGUAUUGCAAAAUAUGUUGCAAACAGUGCUAAAACCUCUAAGACAAACAUUUCAAGCAAAUCUCCAACACCAUCCGUGGUUUUUCACCCACCAGAAGAUAAACCUCAAGAAAUAUCUAAAUCAAAAUCUCAAAACAACAAGGUACAGGAAUCUACGCAGCAUGUAGAAACUGUUGAAAAGCACGAAGAGGUUAAUCCUGAUGUUCCAGAAAAAUCAACGAUUGAAAGAUCUAAAGUUCCAUUGCAGGCACUGCAUAGUUUUCCAACAAGCAGCGAGAACGAAACGACAAUAAUUCCAAUGGAUUCUCUCUCGUCAUCAAGUGAAAGUUUGGCGAGCAGUUUUAAAGAAAAUGACAACACAUCGCCGGAGUACAGUAGUCACUGGACAGAAGAGGAAUUAUCAUCAGAUACAGAGUCUGAAUUGGAUAUGGACAACAGUUUUAGAGAGAAAUUUCGAGCUUACAAAGAAUCUCUGUUAGAAGAAGACGAUGGUAUUGUUGCUUCUUGCGAAGACGAAAUGUCUCAUACUGGAUCCCUACGCAAAGAGAUGUUUUCGAAUGAAAGCAGAGAAGAAAACUUGAGUGACUACAACGGGCUUUUACGAACUUUAGAAACAGAUGAUUUUCAAACCUUCCAAAAUAUGAUAAAUCAAAAUAAAAACCUUCUAAGUUUUGCAAAUAAAGAUGGUUACAAUUUACUUCAUUUAUCAGCGUCGAAAGGACUUCAAGAUUUUCUGUUGUUCCUUUUAAAUGUUGGUAUUCCAGUGGGAGGUGCGACCAAAAAAGGUUUCACAGCGUUGCAUUUAGCGAUUUUUAAUGGUCACUCAAGAUGCUGUAAUGUCUUGCUUCAGAGCGGAGCUCAACUGAUUAACGAAAAUGGCAAAUUCGACAAGAGAAUUUUUUCAAUAAACGGGAAAAUACCCGAUCCGAUGAAAGCAUUGCUACAACAGUACGAUGAAAAUCUUAACAAAGUACAAAAGCUUUGCGACAUCUUCAGGCGCAUCGGAAGCAAAAAGAAGAAGACGUCGAAAGCUAUACCCCAAACGAUAUUGUCAGCCUUAGCAGAUCUUACCUUCGAUGAAGAUGAAUGAUUUUCAAAAAUUAAUAGCUUUACGAAUUAAUGCUAUACAAUUCGAAAAGGAACUUCGAAACAGUGAUAGAUAAGGCCUAUGAUAUGCUGAAAAUUACUUUAUUAUCAUCUCUGUAAUUUCAAAUCUAAAUGAUGCCACGCUUUACUUAAUAAACAAUUUGA